ACCACAUGUCUCUCAGCUCGCGUUCUGCGAAGUCCAACUUGAGAAACAGGUCCCAACCCUCAGUCCCCGUGGAGUCAAUAAAGGAAAUGCAGCAAAAGCUGAAAGAGGAGCGUGAGGCUAAGAGAGCUCAGCUGGAUGGCAGACAUGACUACGUCCUCAGCAUCGUGGCUUCCUGCCUGGGCCUGGAGAAGGCUGACGUGGAGGACGCCAUUCUGGAGGGAACUCAGAUUGAGCGCAUGGAGCAGUUCUUUGUGGCUGAGGGACUUCCUCAUAUCAUGUUCUACUAUCAGGAUGUGGAGCCAGCUGAAGCAGCAGCAUCAGCAGCAGCAGCUGCCUUGGCCCCCAACCGGAGGAAGAAGGCCAAGGUGUUUGUCACCGAGGGCAAAGAUGUGGCUCUGACUGGUGUCUGUGUGUUCUUCACAAGAGCCAACCCCUCCAAGGCCAUCACCUCUGAGAAUGUGCACAGGGAGGUGAAUUUCAACAUGCUGGACACCACAGAGGUAGGCCUGCUUAAAAGUGUGGAGCAGCUGCUGUCAGAGAUCUUCAUACCCACCCUGAAGAAGAUGAACCACGGCUGGGGAGAGCUGGCCAGUCCACAGGCCCAGUCAGUUAAACAGGACUUCAUCAGCUCACUGGACAGUUUUGUGUCUGUGCUGGCCGGGGCGCAGGAGAGCCUGCAGGAGAAGGUCAACCUAAAAGAGUGUGACGUAUUUGACCUGAAGACACUGAAAGGCCCGUCUGACUACAUUGCUGUGGCUAACAGCACAGAGGCAACAGAGAAGAUAGAGGCCUGGAUGAAAGUGUGGAUCAAACAGAUUGAACAGGUCAACCUAAAAGAGUGUGACGUAUUUGACCUGAAGACACUGAAAGGCCCGUCUGACUACAUUGCUGUGGCUAACAGCACAGAGGCAACAGAGAAGAUAGAGGCCUGGAUGAAAGUGUGGAUCAAACAGAUUGAACAGGUCAACCUAAAAGAGUGUGACGUAUUUGACCUGAAGACACUGAAAGGCCCGUCUGACUACAUUGCUGUGGCUAACAGCACAGAGGCAACAGAGAAGAUAGAGGCCUGGAUGAAAGUGUGGAUCAAACAGAUUGAACAGGUGCUGGCUGAGAGUGACCAGCUGGGGAAGGAGGCAGAUGACCUGGGGCCGCGGGCCGAGCUGGACCACUGGAAGAAACGCAUGUCCCGCUUCAACUACCUCCUGGACCAGCUCAAGAGCCCCGACGUCAAGGCUGUCCUGGGCGUGCUCAUGAUGGCCAAGUCCAAACUCAUCAAGUCCUGGCGAGAGCUGGACACCAGGAUCACUGACUCAGCCAAUGAGACCAAGGACAAUGUGAAGUACCUCUACACUCUGGAGAAGUUCUGUAACCCGCUAUACAACAGUGACCCUGUGUCGAUGGUAGAGGCCAUUCCAGGCCUGAUCAACGCCAUCCGGAUGAUCCACAGUAUCUCCCGCUACUACAACACCUCAGAGAAGAUCACCUCCCUGUUUGUCAAGGUUACCAACCAGAUGAUUACAGCAUGUAAGGCUUACAUCACCAACAACGGUUCUGCAUCCAUAUGGGACCAGCCUCAGGGUGUUGUAGCUGAGAAACUCAAAGCUGCUAUCCACCUAAACCAGGAGUACCAGAAGUGCUUCCACAAGACCAAGGAGAAGCUGGAGCAGAGUCCCUCAGAGAGACAGUUUGAUUUCAGUGAGAUGUACAUCUUUGGGAAGUUUGAGACGUUCCAACGACGCCUCUACAAGAUCCUCAACAUGUUCAGCACCAUCACUACCUACUCAGCCCUACAGGACUCCAAGAUAGAAGGCCUGGAAACUAUGGCAACCACGUUUCAGAGCAUUGUAAUGACUAUGAAGAAAAAGCACUACAGUUUCCUUGAUCAGAGAAGAACAGACUUUGAUCAGGACUAUGAUGAGUUUUGUAAAAAUACCACUGACUUGCAUAAUCAGCUGAAGACCUUCAUGGAUAACACAUUCGAUAAGAUUCAAAACACAGAGAGGGCUUUGAAUGUACUGAAGAAAUUUGAAAGACUGGGCAUUCCAGACCUGGGCAUCGAUGAGAAGUAUCAGCAGAUCCUUCAAAAUUAUGGAAGGGACAUAGAAAUGGUUUCCCGUAACUACACCAAGCAGAAGAUGGAGCCUCCCAUUGGCCGGGACCUGCCCCCGGUAGCCGGUAAGAUCCUGUGGGCCCGCCAGCUGUACCGGAGGAUCCAGGAACCCAUGGAUCUGUUUCAGGAAGACCCUGGGGUGCUGGCUACGCCCGAGGCCAAACGCAUCAUCAAGAACUACAACAGGGUGGCCAGGGUGCUGCUGGAGUUUGAGAUGCUUUACCACCAUGGAUGGAUGAAGCAGAUCGAGGAGGUCAGACUGGGCCUCCAGGCCUCUUUACUGGUCAAAUGUCCCGAUACGGGGGACCUGUUUGUCAACUUUGACCCCCAGAUCCUGACACAGAUCAGGGAGACAGACUGCAUGUCCAGGAUGAGGCUGGAGAUUCCUCCCUUCGCAGUCAUCUUACAACAGAAACAAGAUGCCCUCAAGAAGAACUACAACAAGCUGCAGCUGGUUCUGACAGAGAACGCCAGGGUCCGGGCUAAGAUCCAGAGUGCCUUUGAGCAACUGGUGAUGCCUCAUGUUGCUAAGGUGGAUGAAGCCAUUCUACCAGGCCUGACCUCCCUCAACUGGACCUCACUGAACAUCGAUAAAUACCUCAGCCGCAUCAACAGCGCUCUCACGGACCUGGAGCUACUGAUGGACAGAGUGAAUGACCUGGUGGAGUUCAGGAUAGACGCUGUGCUGCAGGAGAUGAGUGGAGCCACACUGUGGGUUCUGCCCCUGGACGAACCAUUGAGCUGUGAUGAGUUCGUUCAGACCACCAGGGAGCUGUGUAUAAAGGGAGCUCAAAGUCUCCACACCAAGAGUUCCCUGGUGGAGGAGGCAACCAACGAGCUCAUCAACAUGCUGCUGGAGUGUGAACUGCACAAGGAGGGGGAGGAGAAACUACUAGAAGAGAGCAGGACUGAUAUGGACCAAGUGGAGAGUGAAGGUGAGGAGGAGGGUAAGUCAGAGGGUCACCUCAACCUGCUGUCUCGUAACACCACGGCGGCCAGCAACACGGGCCCCCCGUCUCCCCUGGGGAAGAGGAAGAAGAAGAGAGACCUGCUGGAGGUGAUGAAGGAGGAGGCUCAAGAGCUUCUGUCCCACUUCAACCACCGUAACGUGGACGCCCUGCUGAGGCUCACACGCAACACCCUGGAGACCCUCCGCAAACGCAUCCACGCCUCCUCACUCAUGCACUUCCUGGCAGAGAGUGAUUCUCCCAGCCGUCUGAAGGGCAGUGGUCAGCAGCCUAUCUUCAGGACCAGUGUGACCCUGUCCAUCCCCAACAUCGCCAUGGUCCCAGCCCUGGACGAGGUCCAGCAGGCUCUGAACCGGGCUGUGGAGUGUGUGGUCAGUGUCAGCAAAGGAGUCGGCCAGUGGAGCAAGGAGAGGAUCUCCAAGAGGAAGAUGAGUGAGAGAUGCAUGGCUGUUCUGAGACAGGACAAGUGUGACAGUGAUUCAGAGGACGGAGAGACCACCUACAGGAGCCUGGCUGAUGGCAGUACCUCAGACAUCUCCGCCUCUGUGACCCAGGCCAUACCCUUCCAGGCCAGGAACUACUACAAGAGUGUGUCUGAGAACAAGGAGAUCAUCAAGCUGGUUUCUGUGCUCAGCACCUCAAUCAACUCUACCAAGAAGGAGGUGAUGAAUGCUCUGGACCGCUUCAGUCGUUACCACCACAUCUGGAGGAAGGAGAGAGAGGACACCAUCCAGAAGUUCAGCCAGGGCAGCCCUCUGCUGUCUGAGUUUGAGUCUCAGAUCCUCUACUACAAAGACCUGGAGCUGGAGAUCAACGCUGAGCCUGAGUACAUCACUGUAGGAGCUCUGGCACUCUAUACAGCUGACCUGAAGAUGGCCCUGACUGCGGAGACAAAGAGCUGGAUGGUGGACUACGGCCUGCACUGUAACAGGAAGUACCGAACAGAUAUGGAGAACAUCUUCACGUUAGUGGACGAAGCGGCAAAGAAACUGAACCGACCAAUCAAAGACUUGGAUGACAUCCGCAUCGCCAUGGCAUCGCUGAAGGAGAUCAGAGAGCAGCAGAUCUCCAUUGACUUCCAAGUGGGACCCAUAGAGGAGUCCUAUGCCAUGCUCCAUAAGUACGGCCUGGUAGUGGCGAAGGAGGAGGCAGAGAAGAUGGACACGCUGCGCUAUACCUGGGAGAAGCUGCGCCGCAGCACCGAGGUCCAGAAUGAGCUGGUGUCCCUGCAGCCCAACUUCAGAGGAGAGCUCAUAGACAACGUACAGACGUUCGUGGAGGACUGUGGACACUUCUAUCAGGACUAUGACAAGGACGGUCCCAUGGUUGUCGGACUGGCUCCCCAAGACGCUAGUGACAGACUCAUCAUGUUCCAGAAUCGCUUUGACAACCUGUUCCGUAAGUACAUCACCUACACUGGUGGAGAGGAGCUGUUUGGCCUGCCUGUGACCCAACACCCUCAGCUGCUGGAGAUCAGGAGGCAGCUCACCCUCCUCCAGAAGCUCUACGGACUCUACAACAGCGUCAUCGACACCGUCAACGGGUACUAUGACAUCCUCUGGGCCGACAUCCAAAUAGAGAGGAUCAAUAACGAACUUCUAGACUUCCAGACGCGUUGUCGCAAGCUGCCCCGUGCCCUGAAAGAGUGGCAGGCAUUCCUUGACCUGAAGAAAAGUAUAGACGAGAUCAACGAGUGCUGCCCCCUACUGGAACUGAUGACCAAUAAGGCCAUGAUGACGCGUCACUGGAAGAGAAUCACCGAGGUGACAGGACACAGCUUCGAGGUGGAGACUGACACCUUCAAGCUGCGCAACAUCAUGGAAGCGCCACUCCUCAAAUGCAAAGAGGAAAUUGAGGACAUUUGCAUCAGUGCGGUGAAGGAGAGGGACAUUGAGCAGAAGCUGAAGCAGGUGAUUGCUGAGUGGGACAACAAGACGUUCACCUUCACCAACUUCAAGACGCGAGGGGAGCUGCUGCUGAGGGGUGACAGCACCGCCAUUACUAACAUGGAGGACAGCCUCAUGGUACUGGGAUCACUCAUGAGCAACAGGUACAACACGCCAUUCAAGGCCCAGAUCCAGAAAUGGGUUCAGAACCUUUCCAACACCACUGACAUCAUAGAGAACUGGAUGACUGUCCAGAACCUGUGGAUCUACCUCGAGGCUGUGUUCGUGGGUGGGGACAUAGCCAAACAGCUACCCAAGGAGGCGAAGCGUUUCUCCAACAUCGACAAGUCCUGGGUGAAGAUCAUGACGCGGGCCCAUGAGAUGCCCAACGUGGUGCAGUCAUGUGUGGGGGACGAGACCAUGGGACAACUGCUGCCUCACCUGCUGGAACAACUGGAGAUCUGUCAGAAGUCUCUCACUGGGUACUUGGAAAAGAAGCGUCUGCUGUUCCCUCGGUUCUUCUUUGUGUCUGACCCGGCCCUGCUGGAGAUUCUGGGCCAAGCCUCGGACUCCCACACCAUCCAGGCCCACUUGCUCAACGUCUUUGACAACAUCAAAUGUGUCCGCUUCCAUGACAAGAUGUACGACAGGAUCCUGGCCAUCUCAUCCAGGGAGGGGGAGACGGUAGAGCUGGAUCGGCCGGUGACGGCUGAGGGUAAUGUGGAGGUCUGGCUCAACGCCCUGCUGAAGGAAUCCCAGAGGUCUCUUCACCUGGUCAUCAGACUGGCUGUCCUGGCCAUCCAGGACUCAGGCUUCCUGCUCAUUGAGUUCCUGGACUCUUUCCCUGCUCAGGUUGGUCUGCUGGGAGUCCAGAUGAUCUGGACCAGAGACUCAGAGGAGGCCCUGACCAACGCCCGCUACGACCGUAAGAUCAUGCCCAAGACCAACCAGUUCUUCCUGGAGCUUCUCAACACCCUGAUAGACAUGACCACUAAAGACCUGGCCUCAGUGGAGCGGGCCAAGUAUGAGACACUCAUAACCAUCCAUGUACACCAGAGGGACAUCUUUGAUGACCUGUGUCGGCUGCAUAUCAAAAGCCCUACAGACUUUGAGUGGAUGAAGCAGUGUCGUUUCUACUUCAAUGAGGACUCUGACAAGAUGAUCAUCAACAUCACUGACGUCGGCCUUAUCUAUCAGAAUGAGUUCCUGGGCUGCACUGACAGACUGGUUAUCACCCCUCUGACUGACAGUAACCAGUCUGCCAAUACCACACUGGCCCAGGCUCUGGGAAUGAGUAUGGGAGGAGCUCCGGCCGGCCCUGCAGGAACAGGGAAGACUGAGACCACUAAAGACAUGGGCCGCUGCCUGGGGAAGUACGUGGUGGUCUUCAACUGCUCUGACCAGAUGGACUUCAGAGGACUGGGGAGGAUCUUUAAAGGCCUAGCCCAGUCGGGCUCGUGGGGCUGUUUUGAUGAGUUCAACCGUAUCGACCUAUCAGUGCUCUCCGUGGCAGCCCAGCAGAUCGCCAUUGUGCUUACCUGCAAGAAGGAGCGCCGCAAGAACUUCAUCUUCACCGACGGAGACAACGUGGAAAUGAAUCCCGAAUUCGGCAUCUUCCUGACUAUGAACCCGGGCUACGCAGGUCGUCAGGAGCUUCCAGAGAACCUGAAGAUCAACUUCCGCUCGGUGGCCAUGAUGGUCCCAGACCGUCAGAUAAUCAUCCGGGUCAAGCUGGCCAGGAAGUUCUUCAUAGACAACAUAGAGCUGGCCAGGAAGUUCUUCAUAGACAACAUAGAGCUGGCCAGCUGUGGCUUCAUAGACAACAUAGAGCUGGCCAGGAAGUUCUUCAUAGACAACAUAGAGCUGGCCAGGAAGUUCUUCAUAGACAACAUAGAGCUGGCCAGGAAGUUCUUCAUAGACAACAUAGAGCUGGCCAGGAAGUUCUUCAUAGACAACAUAGAGCUGGCCAGCUGUGGCUUCAUAGACAACAUAGAGCUGGCCAGCUGUGGCUUCAUAGACAACAUAGAGCUGGCCAGCUGUGGCUUCAUAGACAACAUAGAGCUGGCCAGCUGUGGCUUCAUAGACAACAUAGAGCUGGCCAGGAAGUUCUUCAUAAACAACAUAGAGCUGGCCAGCUGUGGCUUCAUAGACAACAUAGAGCUGGCCAGGAAGUUCUUCAUAGACAACAUAGAGCUGGCCAGCUGUGGCUUCAUAGACAACAUAGAGCUGGCCAGGAAGUUCUUCAUAGACAACAUAGAGCUGGCCAGGAAGUUCUUCAUAGACAACAUAGAGCUGGCCAGGAAGUUCUUCAUAGACAACAUAGAGCUGGCCAGGAAGUUCUUCACCCUCUACAAACUGUGCGAGGAGCAGCUGUCCAAGCAGGUGCAUUACGACUUUGGACUCCGAAACAUUUUGUCAGUUCUGCGUACACUGGGGGCGGUGAAACGAGCGAACCCCAACGACACAGAAUCUACCAUCGUCAUGAGGGUUCUCAGAGAUAUUAACCUGUCCAAGCUGAUAGAUGAAGAUGAGCCGUUGUUCCUCAGCCUGAUAGAGGACCUCUUCCCUGGGAUCCAGCUGGAUAAAGCAGGCUACCCAGAGCUGGAGACAGCUAUCGACAAACAGGUGGUGGAGGCAGGUCUGAUCAGCCACCCUCCAUGGAAGCUGAAGGUGAUUCAGCUGUUUGAGACCCAGAGGGUCCGCCAUGGCAUGAUGGCCCUGGGGCCCAGCGGAGCAGGAAAAACCACCUGCAUUCACACCCUGAUGAGAGCCAUGACAGACUGCGGCCAGCCACACAGAGAGAUGCGUAUGAACCCCAAAGCGAUCACCGCCCCUCAGAUGUUUGGCCGUCUAGAUGUAGCUACCAAUGACUGGACCGACGGCAUCUUCUCUACCCUGUGGAGGAAGACCCUGAGAGCCAAGAAAGGGGAGCACAUCUGGAUAGUACUAGAUGGACCAGUAGAUGCUAUCUGGAUAGAGAACCUCAACUCUGUACUGGAUGACAACAGGACUCUGACCCUGGCCAAUGGAGACAGGAUCCCCAUGGCCCCCAACUGCAAGAUUGUGUUUGAGCCCCACAACAUCGACAACGCUUCGCCUGCCACCGUGUCCCGUAACGGAAUGGUGUUCAUGAGCUCUUCUGUGCUCAACUGGAGCCCCAUUCUGGAGGGCUGGCUGAAGAAGCGUUCCCCUCAGGAGGGAGAGGUGCUGAGAGAGCUGUUCUCCUCUUCCUUCCCAGAGGUCUACCGGUUCAGUGUUCACUGUCUGGAGUACAAGAUCGACAUGCUGGAGGCCUUCGUCAUCAUGCAGAGCAUCAACAUGCUGCAGGGCCUCAUCCCCGCCAAGGAGCAGGGUGGGGAGGUGUCCAGGCAGCAUGUGGAGCGUCUCUAUGUGUUUGCUCUCAUGUGGAGCAUCGGAGCUUUACUGGAGCUGGAAGACAGGAGGAAGAUGGAGAGCUGGCUCCGUGGCAACGACAACAUCCAUCUGGACCUCCCAGAUAUACCAUCAGACAGCGAGGACACAAUGUUCGACUACCACGUCACUAUAGACGGUCAGUGGGUCCACUGGAACACGCGGGUAGAGGAGUAUGUCUACCCAUCAGAUCUCACUCCAGAGUACGGAUCCAUCCUGGUCCCCAACGUGGACAAUGUCCGCACUGACUUCCUCAUUCAGACCAUCGCCAAUCAGGGCAAGCGGACUGUGGAGAGCUAUGUGGACAAGCGGAUGGGCACCACCUACGGCCCUCCUGCAGGGAAGAAGAUGUCCAUCUUUGUGGACGACAUCAACAUGCCAGUCAUCAAUGAUUGGGGAGAUCAGGUCACCAAUGAGAUAGUCCGCCAGCUGAUGGAACAGAACGGGUUGUUCAAUCUGGAGAAGCCGGGGGAGUUCACCAAUAUUGUGGACAUCCAGUUCCUGGCAGCGAUGAUCCACCCAGGGGGAGGCCGCAACGACAUCCCCCAGAGACUGAAGAGGCAGUUCUCCAUCUUCAACUGCACCCUGCCCUCCAACACAUCCAUCGACAAGAUAUUUGGAGUCAUCGGGACAGGACACUACUGUGCCAGGCGAGGCUUCACAGAAGAGGUGCGUGGAACUGUGGCCAAGCUGGUGCCGCUGACCCGUCGGCUGUGGCAGAUGACCAAGGUCAAGAUGCUGCCCACUCCGGCCAAGUUCCACUACAUCUUCAACCUCAGAGACUUGUCCAGAGUCUGGCAGGGCAUGCUCAACCCAACCGCUGAGGUGGUCGACUCUCUAACUGUGUUGCUUCGGCUGUGGAAGCAUGAGUGUAAGCGUGUGAUCGCGGACCGGUUCACCAUGCCAGAAGAUGUAGCCUGGUUCGACAGGGCCCUGGACAAGCUAGUAGAGGAGGAGCUAGGAGAGGAAGAGAGGGCUGUGGUCGACUUCGGAGUAGACGGCUACUUUGUUGACUUCCUAAGAGAUGCUCCUGAAGCUAGAGGUGAGGAGCCAGAGGAUACAGACUUUGAGAUGCCCAAGGUGUAUGAGUCCAUCGAGUCGCUUAAGAGCCUGAUGGACAGGCUCAACAUGUUCCUUGGCCAGUACAACGAGAGCAUCAGAGGAGCUGGCAUGGACAUGGUGUUCUUCAGAGAUGCUAUGAUACACCUGGUCAAGGUCUCCAGGAUCAUCCGCACGCCCAGAGGGAAUGCCCUUCUGGUAGGAGUUGGGGGAUCAGGCAAGCAGAGCCUGACUAAACUGGCUUCCUUCAUCGCCGGAUACAAGACCUUUCAGAUCACACUAACACGUUCGUACAACACUGCUAACCUGAUGGAGGAUCUGAAGGGUCUGUACAGGACAGCAGGCCAGCAGGGAAAAGGCAUCAGCUUCAUCUUCACUGAUAACGAGAUCAAGGACGAGUCUUUCCUGGAGUACAUGAAUAAUGUGCUAUCGUCUGGAGAGGUGUCAAACUUGUUUGCUCGAGAUGAAAUUGACGAGAUCAUCAGUGACCUCAUACCAGUCAUGAAAAGAGAGUUUCCUCGGCGACCACCGACCAAUGAGAACCUCCAUGACUACUUUAUGAGCAGGGUCAGACAAAACCUUCACGUGGUUCUCUGCUUCUCUCCCGUGGGGGAAAAGUUCCGGAACAGAGCCCUGAAGUUCCCUGCCCUCAUCUCCGGCUGCACCAUGGACUGGUUCAGCCGCUGGCCCAAAGAUGCUCUGAUCGCAGUGUCAGAGCACUUCCUGUCCACCUAUGACAUCGACUGUUCGACCGUGGUGAAGGGGGAGGUGGUGCAGUGUAUGGGCUCCUUCCAGGACGGCGUGUCAGAGAAGUGUGUAGAUUACUUCCAGAGGUACCGCCGCGCCACACACGUCACUCCCAAGUCCUACCUCUCCUUCAUCCAGGGAUACAAGACCAUCUAUAAGGAGAAGCACUCCGAGGUGCAGACACUGGCACACAGGAUGAACACAGGUCUUCAGAAGCUGAAAGAGGCCUCUGUGUCUGUAGCAUUACUCAGCAAAGAGCUGGAGGUCAAAGAGAAGGAGCUGCAGAUCGCCAACGAGAAGGCAGACAUGGUGUUGAAGGUGGUGACAGUGAAGGCCCAGGCAGCAGAGAAGGUCAAGGUGGAGGUCCAGAAGGUCAAGGAUAAGGCCCAGGCCAUAGUGGACAGCAUCUCUGCUGACAAGGCCUUCGCUGAGGAGAAGCUGGAGGCUGCCAAGCCAGCCCUGGAGGAGGCAGAGGGGGCACUACAGACCAUCAAGCCGUCGGACAUCGCCACGGUGCGGACCCUGGGUCGGCCUCCCCACCUCAUCAUGAGGAUCAUGGACUGUGUUCUGCUGCUGUUCCAGAGGAGGGUGAACACGGUGAAGAUCGACCCGGAGAAGAACUGCACCAUACCCUCCUGGCAGGAGUCCCUCAAACUCAUGACUGCUGGGAACUUCCUGGGCAGUCUGCAGCAAUUCCCCAAAGACAGUAUCAAUGAGGAGAUGGUGGAACUACUGCUGCCUUACUUUGACAUGCCAGACUACACCCUGGAGACGGCCAAGCGCGUGUGUGGAAACGUGGCUGGUCUGGCCUCCUGGACCAAAGCCAUGGCCUCCUUCUUCUCCAUCAACAAGGAGGUGCUCCCAUUAAAGGCAAACCUGGCAGGGCAGCAGAACCGGCUGGCCAUAGCCAACAUGGACCUGCAGACGGCCCAGGCAGAGCUGGAUGACAAGCAGGCAGAGCUGGAUGUGUUGCAAGCAGAGUAUGAGAAGGCCAUGAUGGAGAAACAAGCUCUGUUGGAGGAUGCUGAACGCUGCAGACACAAGAUGCAGACAGCCUCUAGCCUCAUCAGUGGUCUGGCUGGAGAGAAGGAGCGUUGGACAGGGCAGAGCAAAGAGUUUGCCGCCCAGACCAAGCGCCUUGUAGGUGAUGUCUUAUUGGCCACAGCCUUUCUGUCCUACUCCGGCCCCUUCAACCAGGAGUUCCGGAACCUUCUCCUGACCGACUGGCAGAGGGAGAUGAAGACCAGACGCAUCCCGUUCGGGAACAACCUCAACCUGACCGAGAUGCUGAUCGACGCGCCCACGGUCAGCGAGUGGAACCUUCAGGGCCUGCCCAACGAUGACCUAUCCAUCCAGAACGGGAUCAUCAUCACCAAGGCCUCACGCUUCCCUCUCCUCAUAGACCCUCAGACCCAGGGCAAGAUCUGGAUAAAAAAUAAAGAAUCCAGGAACGAGCUGCAGAUCACAUCCCUGAACCACAAGUACUUCAGGAACCACCUGGAGGACAGCCUGUCUCUGGGGCGCCCCCUACUGAUCGAGGACGUAGGGGAAGAGCUGGACCCGGCACUGGACAAUGUACUGGAGAAAAACUUCAUCAAGACGGGCUCCACUUAUAAGGUGAAAGUGGGAGACAAGGAGGUGGAUGUGAUGAGGGGGUUCCGUCUUUAUGUGACCACUAAGCUCCCCAACCCAGCAUACACCCCAGAGAUCAGCGCCCGCACCUCCAUCAUAGACUUCACUGUCACCAUGAGGGGUCUGGAGGACCAGCUGCUGGGACGGGUCAUCCUCACUGAGAAACAGGAGUUGGAGAAGGAGCGCACUGACCUGCUGGAAGAUGUAACGGCCAACAAGAGGAAGAUGAAAGAGCUGGAGGACAACCUGCUGUAUCGUCUGACCUCUACCCAGAGUUCCCUGGUGGAUGACGAGAGCCUCAUCAUCGUCCUGGGCAACACCAAGCGCACCGCCGAGGACGUCACACAGAAACUACAGAUUGCAGCCGAGACCGAGAUCCAGAUCAACACUGCUAGAGAGGAGUACAGACCUGUGGCCACCAGAGGCAGCAUCCUGUACUUCCUCAUCACUGAGAUGUCCAUGGUUAACGUCAUGUACCAAACGUCACUACGACAGUUCUUGGGAAUCUUUGACCUCUCUCUGGCCAGAUCAAUCAAAAGUCCAAUUACCAGCAAGCGAAUAGCGAACAUCAUUGAGCACAUGACCUUCGAGGUGCACAAGUACGCAGCCAGGGGUCUGUAUGAGGAGCACAAAUUCCUGUUUACCCUCCUGCUGACGCUGAAGAUCGACAUGCAGAGUAACCGUGUGAAACACGAUGAGUUCCUCACCCUCAUUAAAGGAGGUGCCUCUCUGGAUCUGAAGGCUUGCCCCCAUAAGCCUGCCAAGUGGAUCUUAGACAUGACUUGGCUCAAUCUGGUUGAGCUCAGCAAACUGUGGCAGUUCUCUGAUAUCCUUGAUCAGAUCUGUCGUAAUGAGAAGCAGUGGAAGGCAUGGUUUGAUAAGGAGGCCCCUGAGGAGGAGGGGAUCCCUAAUGCCUAUGACCAGACCCUGGACUGUUUCCACCGCCUGCUGCUCAUAUGCUCCUGGUGCCCAGACAGGACCAUCGCACAGGCCCGUAAGUACAUAAUGGACUCGAUGGGAGAGAAGUAUGCAGAAGGAGUAAUCCUGGACCUGGAGAAGACAUGGGAGGAGUCAGACCCCCAGACCCCGCUCAUCUGCUUCCUGUCCAUGGGCUCAGACCCCACCGACUCCAUCAUCGUCCUGGGGAAGAGGCUGAAGAUAGAGACGCGCUAUGUCUCCAUGGGCCAGGGACAGGAGGUCCACGCACGCAAGCUGCUCCAGCAGACCAUGGCCAACGGUGGCUGGGCCUUGCUCCAGAACUGCCACCUGGGACUGGACUUCAUGGAUGAGCUGAUGGAUACUGUGACAGAGACAGACACCAUCCAUGAGACUUUCCGCCUGUGGAUUACUACAGAGGUCCACAAACACUUCCCCAUCACACUGUUGCAGAUGUCCAUCAAGUUCACUAAUGAGCCUCCCCAGGGACUGAAGGCAGGGCUGAAGAGGACUUAUGGAGGCAUUAACCAGGACCUGCUGGAUGUCAGUAACAUGGUCCAGUGGAGGCCCAUGCUGUAUGGGGUGGUGUUCCUCCAUUCUACAGUCCAAGAGAGGCGUAAAUAUGGCCCCCUGGGCUGGAACAUCCCCUACGAGUUCAACCAGGCUGACUUCAACGCCACCGUGCAGUUUGUCCAGAACCACCUGGACGACAUGGACAUCAAGAAGGGUGUAUCCUGGAAUACAGUGCGCUACAUGAUCGGGGAGAUCCAAUAUGGCGGUAGGGUGACAGACGACUAUGACAAGCGUCUGCUCAACACCUUUGCCAAGGUCUGGUUCAGUGAAAACAUGUUUGGACCUGACUUCUAUUUCUACAAAGGCUACAGCAUUCCCAAGUGUAGCAACGUGGACCAAUAUCUGACAUACAUUCAGGGCCUACCGGCUUACGACACUCCAGAGGUGUUUGGCCUGCACCCCAAUGCUGACAUAACGUACCAGAGCAAGCUGGCCAAAGAUGUCCUGGACACCAUCCUGUCCAUCCAGCCUAAGGACAGUUCCAGUGGCGGAGGUGAGACCAGGGAGGCCAUUGUGGCCAGGCUGGCUGACGACAUGCUGGAGAAACUACCUCCAGACUACAUACCGUUUGAAGUGAAAGAGAGGCUACAGAAGAUGGGUCUGCUCCAGCCCAUGAACAUCUUCCUGCGUCAGGAGAUAGAGCGCAUGCAGAGGGUCAUCGUGCUGGUCAGGAACACGCUGACCGACCUCAAACUGGCCAUCGACGGGACCAUCAUCAUGAGUGAGAACCUACGGGACGCGUUGGACUGCAUGUAUGACGCACGCAUCCCCUCACGUUGGAAGAAGGCGUCAUGGGCCUCUAGCACUCUAGGAUUCUGGUUUACUGAGUUGCUGGAUAGGAACCGUCAGUUCCAGGCGUGGAUCUUUGAAGGACGGCCCAACUGUUUCUGGAUGACAGGCUUCUUCAACCCACAGGGCUUCCUGACCGCCAUGAGACAGGAGAUCACUCGUGCAAACAAGGGUUGGGCCCUAGACCGUAUGGUGCUGUGCAACGAGGUGACCAAGUGGAUGAAGGAUGACAUCACCCAGCCGCCCUCUGAGGGGGUGUAUGUGUACGGCCUCUAUCUGGAGGGGGCCGGCUGGGACAGGAGGAACUGCAAACUCAUCGACUCCAAACCCAAAGUGUUGUUUGAGAUGAUGCCUGUAGUCAGGAUGUAUGCUGAAAACAAUGGAGUCAAGGAUGCCCGGUUAUACUCCUGUCCCAUAUAUAAGAAGCCUGUAAGGAUGGACCUGAAUUACAUUGCUGCUGUGGAACUGAGGACUGCUCCACCGCCUGAGUACUGGAUACUACGUGGUGUGGCACUCCUGUGUGAAGUCAAAUAACCUACUUCUAUAUUGUAUAAUAAGCCUAAAUCAUGAAGAGUAGUGUUUCUCAGUGGUUAAAGGGGCAAUAUGCAGUUCAAACAACAACAAAGUUAUACCCCACCACUGUUUUGUUAAACAGCUGAGGGAUGGGGCUGGAGAAAUGUAACCACUCUCAAAUGUAAGUCUAAAAAUGGAUGUACCAGUCGUAGAUUGCUCCUUUAAAGAUUAAACGAUGGAAGUGUCUUCAUUUACAUUAUAGUGGUAGGCUUCCGUAAUAACAAAGUUUCACCUGUCACUGUGUUGCAGGAAUAAUAUAAAAAUAAAGUUGCACACACUAUCUAUACCCCCAAUUAUUUAAUGUCUGAACUAUUUUGGGUGUGCGUUUACUUAUUUAUUUUAUUUGAAGGAAUAAUUUAAAAUAUCCUUAUUUUUGUACUCACCAUAAUAUGGUUGUUACUAGACUACUAUACAUUGGUAGAUGCUGUAGUUCUGUAUCUUUGUUCAGUCUCAAGUUCAGUCUGAAGAAUUGUACUGUACCUGUUAAGAAAAUGUUCAUAUUUCAGUCAUUGUUUUUUAAAUAUUGAUUUAUAAUUUAGAUAAUAUAGAUUUAGAAUUCUGAUACAGAAAAUGAAUUAUAAAUGUAACAUGUGAAUAUAAAAACACAACAAAAGCAGUAGAAUGAUAAAGGCAAGAGAGCACCAGCACAUUAUCAUCAAAAACAUAUCAACUUGUUAAUUCUCCCACGGUUGUAUCUUCCUAAAUAUGUUACAUUAAAUAUUAAAACAUG